AAUCAGCAGAGCACGCGGUUUUAUUUCCAGCCGUUUUCCGCGUAGCUGCUGCCUAGUUCCACUACGAACUCUUUUGAACCUCGUUCCGCGUCACUAUCUGACAGCGAAUAUUCAGACUACCUAUGGUAUCCGGAAAACGGAGGAUUAUCAACUUGGCAAAAAUAGUUCAAGCGUUCUUGAUCCUUCUCUGCAGUCAAAGCCAGGUCACUUCUGAUGACAUCAAUAAUAAAGAUUGCGGCAUAUCUGCCCCCUCAGGAAGAAUUGUUGGUGGGCAUCUUGUACAUAGGAAGGAUCAAGUACCAUGGAUUGUGCAAUUAGGUUUGCCUUUCAUGUACAACGCAACCUACAACGUCAGCAAGUUUUGUGGAGGAAGUAUAAUUUCCGCUAACUUUGUGCUCACUGCAAGCCACUGCAUUGCUAAGCAACGGAUUUACCUUGACGGAGCCGUAAUUAUCUACAACAGCACGGAAAAACUUCGAGGUGCAAGAGUUGGCAUUGCUGCCUUAUUCAGCCAUCCUUCAUUUAUAGCUGGAAAACUUGGUCACGACAUCGCGUUGGCAAAGACAGCCGAACCGUUUAAGUUCGACAGAUUUGUCAGACCAGUGUGCUUACCAUGGAAAGGACGCAACCUUGUGGGAAAAGAGGCUGUAAUUUCUGGCUGGGGCAGAGUGUCCGCACGCAAGAGUGGCUUGGACUUGCUUCGAAUCACCCAGACGAUACUUCCUUACAACCGCUGUAAGAAAAGCUUCAGCAGAGAAGAACUUGCGAAUAGGUUAACGCCGAACGUGGUGUUGUGCGCCAGAAGAAAAGGUAAAGGAAUAUGCAAGGGAGAUUCCGGCGGGCCACUUACCAUCCUCGGCCAAGGCGGUAGAGCUGUUCAAGUUGGCGUUGCCGCUUUCGCCUACGGCUGCGCUCAUCCGACCAAGGCUGAUUUCUACACACGAGUGUCGACGUAUGUUCCUUGGAUAAGAAAGCAGCUGGCAGCGUUGGAGAGAAGCAACAGCUAAGAAGCGAACGCUGAGCGUAAUAAAAC